CUCAUCCCCGCGCCGAGCUUCCGUCAUUGCGAUAUUUCUGGAUUCUGGCACGGCAACAAUUUCCCAAUUUUUAGUUGUGUCCAGACCAUGAACGCGCCAUGACCGAGCGAUUACGAGCGUCUUCCGUGGGCUACAACAGCCCCAAGAUGGAGAGCGACCUCAGCCCACGCAAGACCAUGCUGGUCCUGGUCAUCGUCGUGGGCUGCUUUGCCGUCCUAUGGCCAAAAGUCUUCUACCCCAUGCUGGUAGGCUCCGCCAACCAACACAUCAAGCCAAGUCCCAUCGACAAGGCCACAGGAUGCUGCGAUGUAAUAUCCGAAACUGAUAUAAACACAAUAAAAAUCAUGUCGGAGUUAUGCUCAUCCAUAAUAAACUCGACAAACGGCAAAGAGAUCGUCCAGAAAUGCCGGCAAGAGGUCCUCGAGACCUGCGGAAUCGACAUUUCGGUCGUCUUGCAAGAGCAAGUUAGAUUAGGGCGAAAUCUUAAGCAAAUUCUAGAUCAGAUAAGGUCGCUGAAUGGUUCGCUCUGCUUGAAAUACAACUACGGGGUUGAUCCAUGGCGACUGGGGGUGGCACACAGAGUGACCGUGAAAGUGGCUUCAGACGCUCCCAACAUAAGGCAAGAACGGCCGCACCAUUUGAGGUCGGAGUUGAUCCAUCCAGCUUUCAGGGAAAGAGGAAGAGCCAUUCCUCAGCCGCAGACGGCGCCACCGGCACGGCCACCGCCGAGGGUUGUUGAAGGAAGACCCGGCCCCAUCCCGGGGAUGAGACCCACCAUCGGUGGGGCGGGCCACGUGGUGCCGCCUUCGAAGCAGGGCACCAGCAGCAUGAGCGUCAUCAUGCCCAUUUAUACCAUCGGGAUUGUGAUUUUCUUCACUUACACUCUCAUGAAAAUCAUUUUCAAAAAACAGCCGCAAGGCAUUGGGGGCACGCUCUACCCACCUGUUGACCCAGACCCGCACUUCCGGAAGGAAGUCUUCGAAUCGGAGGCGAGUCGUUUGGGGCCGCGUCUCACACGAGAAAACAUUUCGAGCAAAUUGGGAUGGAUAGAACGUGAUGCAAGAGACGCAGAGCUGGACCAACUCCGCCAACGUCUGCGUGAAACGGAAUUAGCCAUGGAGCGCAUCGUUGAACAAAUGUCUAAAGUGCCUCUGAAAGCUCAGGACUUGGUUAAUGGGAAUUUAUCAAACGGGGACGCUGUUAAGCCCCACGACGAUGAACAACCCACGGUUAAGGUUUUGGGAAUGGAAAUGACAGCCAGUUGUGAAGGCGGGAAGAAAUGGUCAAGACCUGGAUCACCAGUUCUACCAACACCAUCACCAACUCCCUCAGAACCAGCUCCGCCACCACAGGAGAUUUAUUUGGAAGGUGCCCUUCCCGCUCAAUCCCAACUUUUGGUUGCCGAUUCCGCCAUCGAACCGGAACCCGUUUCCGGGGAAGACCCGGCUGUAGUGCUUUCGGGAAAAAUGACUUUGUCUGUUAUAAGCCCCGAUUCGGAGAAUGGAGUUGAAGAAAUGGAAAAUGAUGCAAGUCUACAAAAGAGUGAACAAGCCGUGAAGAAAGAAAAUGACGAAAUUGUAGAACAAACAAAGUUUUCCCCAGAAAGACACGCUGAGGAAACAGAAAAUGAUACCAGUGAUGUACAAAAAGGCGAAGAAAUAGAAAAUAAUGUCAGUAUACAGAGAAUUGAAGAAAUCGUCGAAAAAACACCAGAGGAAGACGAGCGGCCAAAACUCGGGCUAGAAAAAGACGUUGAGGAUUUCUUGAAGAAAUUACAAGAACAAAACGAAAUUCCAACACCUUCCAUAACCUUUGAUAGCGAUGAUUUGAAGGAAACUAUUGAAGUUGAAGAAUUGGAAAAAGAAGUUGCUGGUUUAAUCCAAGAGGCUAUCGAAAAUAUUCAACAAAGGGUUGAACCGAACGAAAUUAACGAAAAUUCGGAACCAAACAAUUUAGAUUUAAUUGACGAAAAAUCAAACAAUAUUGAAAGUUUCACCAAUCAUGAAGAAAAACAGAAUUUAGAGGUUGUUUCAAAACCUGUUCACAAUGAUGUUAGUCUUGAAGCUGCUUCUGAAGAGUGCCAAAUACAAAACAAACCAAUUGAAGAAAUAAAACACAACGAAGAAAUAGAGAAUGACAGUAAACUUGAGGAACCCCUCGCGGAUAAGGAACUCGGCAGCGAUGAAGAAGUCGAAGAAAUCGAAGAAAUAGUAUACGAAGAAGAGACCGAAGAUGAAGAAGAAGAGAUUGAGAUAGAAGUAGAAGAAAGCGACGAAGAAAUAGCAAACGAUGUAAAUCUUAAUCGAACUGAAUCGAGUUCAGUCCAGAGAGUUAACGGAGAGAGAAGUGAAGAUUUUGUUGAAGAAUCGAAAUACACCACCGUUAGUGGCGCCACAGCGGCAGAAAAUGACAUUUCUGAUGAAGAACUUACAGACGAAGAAGUUGAAGAAGAAGAAGAAGAAGAAGAGGAAAUCGUUGAAAUCGAAGAUGAAGAAAAUGAAAAUGACUUAAAUCAUGUUUCUGGUGAUUCAGGGCCAGAACUUUGAGAUGCUCAGAUUCAAAAAAUGACAAUUUAUAAAUAUAACUUUUCAUAAUCUGUUUUUGUGUGGGUAGAUUUAUUGAAUUACGGAUUUUAUAACUGAUUUCUUAUUAAUAUAUUAUAUGGUUUAUAGUCUAUUCUCAUUAUAAUAGUUCAGGAAAUAUUUAGUGACGUUUCUGUUAUAACACAUGUUGGUAAUGCUUGUUAUUGUUGCCCCCAACAGUACAAAAAAUAAUUUCACUAUAUCAAUAAACUGAUUUAUUUAAAACGAA